CUCUCUCUCUCUCUCACACUCCCUCUGUCCUGGCCAUUCUAUCCCUCUCUCCUUGAUCAGAUUUGGAGCUCUGGUUGUGGAUCGGGUGGGAAGUACACUCCUGUGUUGGUGGUGGGUUUGGUCUUGGAGGUUACGUCGGUAACACCAUCGAGCUAUCUCCUGGUGAUGCUGCCCCUGGUCGAUCAGCUCUGUUGUGCCAAGGGUGAGAGGCACAGGUACCACCGGAGUCAGAGAGGGAACCAUCAGCUCCCACCCGUCCCCAUCUCCGAGUCGGAAGCUCGGGCCCAUUUCUCCGGGUUCGACUCGGAGCUGAGCAAAUCGCGAGGAUGUGUGGAGGAGAGAGGGACCCCCCAGGAUUACAGCUCCCUCUCUCUGUCUCCCUGGAAAUACAGAGUCUGUACGGACCCUGACCGUUACCCACCUAAAAUCAGAGAGGCCCAGUGCCUGUGGAAGGACUGUCGGAUCCCGGAGAUGGAGAAUUCCCCAAAUAUCCGCAUCCAGCUGGACUCCAUCCCCCUCUCCUACACCAUGGAGGUCUGGUACCGAAGACGCUCUGGGGGAACAAUCCAGCUGAUCAGGACAACUCAGGAGGUGCCCAUCGGAUGUACCUGUGUUAGACAGAGACGCCUGAGACACUGACUGGGCAGGAGAGCCCACACCACUCCCUUCCUCUCUCUUUCGCACUGCACCUCCAUGCCUGACUCUGUCGCUAUCCCUCUUUUUCUCUCUCUCCCUCUGCCACUCUCUCUCUCUCUCACUCUCUACCCCUGAAUCUGUCUGGAACUGAUCCCGAGCUGAGAAUUCUGGGAGCAGGACCGUCCCUGGGAAGCACCGCAUGGAAAUACAGCUCAGAGUUCCUCGUGAUGGUAUGCAGAGAGAAAGAGAGAGAGAGCAUUUGGCUAAAUCAUCUCAAGCGUGCUAAUGGUUACCCUGACUUGGUUCGGGCAGCCGAACCCCGUUCCUUUCUCUGCGCCCGUGCCGUGGCCAAUCAGAGUUGGCUUGGUGCUCUCCCCGCCACCUCCUUUUCUCCUGAGCUGUAAACCAGCGGGACGCUCGGGCAUUUUUCUGGGCAUUUGUCCAGGUGAGAGUGAAGGGGUGGACCACAGUUUCUGCCAAGUUCCCCACGUUGCACUGUGUCUCUGACACGCAGGUGGGGAACAGGACUUGGGGAGGAGAGCAGCAAACCAGAAGGGAGCAUUUCAGUGCCCGCUGAACGAACGACCUUCUCGGUUUUCCCUAACAUCCCGAACACCAAUCUUUCCUUGCGUCGGUCGAUUUGUCUGUGUCGGGGGCGGGCUUUGUAAAAAGGGGUGAGACUUUUAACGAGUCGAGAAAGAUAUUGAUGUUCAAUAAUGGUUUAUC